GCUGGGCCGCCGGGCUGUGCAGCCGGGAGUUGUCGGCAGCGCGGAACUUCGGCGCACGAGGAGCCAAGGAGCGACCUGCGUUGCCGGGAGAGGGAGGGGGAAGGAAGGUCGCGUAGCGGGGCGACACGUCGCUGCGGAGGGAUCCUGUUUCUGUUGGCGGAGGGAUUUGGUCGCACGCUGACUUCCGGUGAGCCCCGAUCCGAGAGGAAAAGCCCCGAAGGAAACAAUAACAAACGCAGGAGGAAGCGGUUUUGGGGUUCGUGUGUUGAGCGGCUCUCGCCCGAGAAGAUGAGCUUCGGCCCCCGUCAGGGGACGUGAGCGCGAUCGCCGGGCCCCAGCCAGCGUUUCUCCCCGUGGGCCCCCGGUGCCACCAUGGCGGCCGUGGGGCCGGGGGGCUACGCGGCGGAGUUCGUGCCGCCUCCGGAGUGCCCGGUCUUUGAGCCCAGCUGGGAGGAGUUCACAGACCCGCUCAGCUUCAUCGGCCGCAUCCGGCCCCUGGCGGAGAAAACCGGCAUCUGCAAAAUCCGACCGCCCAAGGAUUGGCAGCCUCCAUUUGCAUGUGAAGUAAAAAGCUUCCGUUUUACUCCCAGAGUCCAGCGUCUGAAUGAACUUGAGGCAAUGACCAGAGUGAGAUUGGACUUCUUGGAUCAACUAGCAAAAUUUUGGGAGCUUCAGGGGUCUACCCUCAAGAUCCCUGUGGUGGAGAGAAAAAUUCUGGAUCUCUAUGCUUUAAGCAAGAUUGUUGCCAGCAAAGGUGGUUUUGAAAUGGUCACCAAAGAGAAGAAAUGGUCUAAAGUGGGUAGCCGCUUGGGCUAUCUGCCAGGAAAAGGAACUGGGUCUCUUUUGAAGUCACAUUAUGAAAGAAUUCUCUACCCAUAUGAGCUUUUCCAGUCUGGUGUCAGCCUUAUGGGUGUACAAAUGCCUAAUUUAGAUCUUAAGGAAAAAGUGGAGCCUGAGGUUCUUGGCACUGAUGUCCAAACUCCCCCAGAGCCGGGCACAAGAGUGAACAUUCUGCCGAAGAGAACAAGGCGUGUCAAGUCUCAGUCAGAAUCUGGAGAAGUGAAUAGAAACACGGAACUGAAGAAACUUCGGAUUUUUGGGGCUGGGCCUAAGGUUGUGGGCUUGGCAAUGGGAGUAAAAGAUAAAGAAGAUGAGGUCUCCCGAAGACGAAAAGUUACCAACAGGUCAGACGCAUUUAACAUGCAAAUGAGACAACGGAAAGGAACUCUCUCUGUUAACUUUGUUGAUCUUUACGUUUGUAUGUUUUGUGGCCGGGGAAAUAAUGAAGAUAAAUUGCUGUUGUGUGAUGGAUGUGAUGACAGCUAUCAUACAUUUUGUUUAAUUCCCCCACUACCUGAUGUGCCCAAAGGAGACUGGAGGUGUCCUAAAUGUGUCGCUGAGGAAUGUAAUAAACCUAGAGAAGCCUUUGGAUUUGAACAAGCUGUACGAGAGUAUACACUUCAGAGCUUUGGAGAGAUGGCAGAUAAUUUUAAGUCUGACUAUUUCAACAUGCCAGUUCAUAUGGUUCCCACAGAACUAGUGGAGAAGGAAUUCUGGCGGCUGGUGAGCAGCAUUGAAGAAGAUGUUAUCGUAGAGUAUGGAGCUGACAUCUCCUCAAAAGACUUUGGAAGUGGAUUUCCUGUAAAGGAUGGUCGGAGAAAGAUGCUGCCAGAAGAAGAGGAAUAUGCGCUUUCUGGUUGGAACUUGAAUAACAUGCCUGUUCUAGAGCAGUCUGUUCUUGCACAUAUCAAUGUGGACAUCUCUGGCAUGAAGGUGCCGUGGCUUUAUGUGGGAAUGUGCUUCUCUUCCUUUUGCUGGCACAUCGAAGAUCACUGGAGCUAUUCCAUCAACUACUUGCACUGGGGGGAGCCAAAGACAUGGUAUGGUGUGCCAUCUCAUGCUGCAGAACAACUGGAGGAGGUGAUGAGGGAGCUGGCCCCUGAGUUAUUUGAAUCCCAGCCUGAUCUCCUACAUCAGUUAGUCACCAUCAUGAACCCCAAUGUGCUAAUGGAGCAUGGUGUGCCUGUGUAUAGGACGAAUCAGUGUGCUGGCGAGUUUGUUGUGACGUUUCCUCGGGCCUAUCACUCUGGAUUUAAUCAAGGCUACAACUUCGCUGAGGCUGUGAACUUCUGUACUGCUGACUGGUUGCCCAUUGGCCGUCAGUGUGUCAGUCAUUACCGUCGGCUGAGGCGCCAUUGUGUCUUCUCGCACGAGGAACUGAUUUUCAAGAUGGCAGCAGAUCCGGAAUGCUUGGACGUGGGGCUUGCCGCCAUGGUGUGCAAGGAGUUGACUCUCCUGACUGAAGAGGAGACACGGUUAAGGGAGUCUGUUAUGCAGAUGGGCGUCCUGAUGUCGGAAGAAGAAGUGUUUGAACUUGUUCCCGAUGAUGAGCGACAGUGUUCAGCAUGCAGAACCACCUGUUUUCUCUCUGCUCUCACGUGUUCCUGUAAUCCUGAGCGGCUUGUGUGUCUCUACCAUCCAACUGAUCUGUGCCCCUGCCCCAUGCAGAAAAAAUGUCUUAGAUAUCGCUACCCAUUAGAGGACCUCCCUUCUCUGCUGUAUGGUGUGAAAGUCAGGGCACAGUCGUAUGACACUUGGGUCAGUCGUGUUACAGAAGCAUUAGCUGCCAACUUCAGCCACAAGAAAGAUUUGAUUGAAUUACGAGUAAUGCUGGAAGAUGCUGAGGAUAGGAAAUAUCCAGAAAAUGAUCUCUUUCGAAAACUCAGGGAUGCUGUAAAAGAAGCUGAGACCUGUGCUUCUGUGGCUCAGCUGCUUCUGAGCAAAAAGCAGAAGCACAGGCAGAGCCCAGAUAGUGGGAGGACUCGGACCAAACUGACAGUGGAAGAGUUGAAGGCCUUUGUCCAACAGCUUUUUAGUCUUCCAUGUGUCAUCAGCCAAGCUCGACAAGUAAAGAAUCUACUGGACGAUGUGGAAGAGUUUCAUGAACGUGCUCAGGAGGCCAUGAUGGAUGAAACCCCAGAUUCUUCCAAACUGCAGAUGUUGGUAGAUAUGGGCUCUGGUCUCUACGUGGAGCUACCUGAAUUAGCCCGGCUAAAGCAAGAGCUGCAGCAGGCCCGAUGGUUGGACGAAGUACGACUGACCCUGUCAGAUCCACAGCAGGUCACUUUGGAUGUCAUGAAGAAAUUGAUAGACUCUGGGGUGGGGCUGGCACCCCACCAUGCGGUGGAGAAAGCGAUGGCUGAGCUUCAGGAGCUCCUCACGGUCUCUGAGCGAUGGGAGGAAAAGGCCAAGGUCUGCCUGCAGGCAAGACCACGGCACAGUGUGGCAAGUUUAGAAAGCAUCGUGAAUGAAGCUAAGAAUAUUCCAGCCUUUCUACCCAAUGUGUUGUCCCUGAAAGAAGCCUUACAAAAGGCUCGAGAAUGGACAAGUAAAGUGGAAGCUAUUCAGAGUGGCAGCAAUUAUGCUUACUUGGAGCAGCUGGAAAGCUUAUCUGCCAAAGGCCGCCCUCUCCCUGUGCGUCUUGAUGCGUUGCCCCAGGUGGAGUCACAAGUGGCGGCAGCACGGGCCUGGAGAGAACGGACUGGGAGGACCUUUCUUAAGAAGAAUUCCAGCCACACGUUGCUCCAGGUGCUUAGUCCCCGAACUGACAUUGGUAUUUAUGGGAGUGGAAAAAAUAGAAGGAAAAAAGUAAAAGAACUAAUAGAAAAAGAAAAAGAAAAGGAUCUGGACCUUGAACCUCUGAGUGAUCUGGAGGAGGGAUUGGAGGAAACCAGAGAUACAGCCACAGUGGUGGCAGUUUUCAAAGAACGGGAGCAAAAAGAGAUUGAAGCCAUGCAUUCCCUCAGAGCAGCCAACCUAGCCAAGAUGUCAAUGGUAGACCGCAUAGAAGAAGUAAAAUUUUGCAUUUGCCGCAAGACAGCAAGUGGGUUUAUGCUCCAGUGUGAGCUCUGCAAAGACUGGUUUCAUAACAGCUGUGUUCCUCUUCCUAAGUCAAGUUCCCAGAAGAAAGGGUCUAGCUGGCAGGCUAAAGAAGUAAAGUUCCUUUGCCCUCUCUGUAUGCGGUCUCGAAGACCUAGGCUAGAGACCAUUCUGUCCCUCCUGGUAUCCCUUCAGAAGUUGCCUGUACGGCUGCCUGAAGGAGAGGCCCUUCAGUGUUUGACAGAACGUGCAAUGAGUUGGCAGGACAGGGCCCGGCAAGCCCUGGCCACAGAUGAGCUGUCCUCUGCCCUGGCCAAGCUCUCUGUGUUGAGCCAGCGGAUGGUGGAGCAGGCAGCUCGGGAGAAAACUGAAAAGAUCAUCAGCGCAGAGCUCCAAAAAGCCGCUGCCAAUCCAGACUUACAGGGGCACUUGCCUAGUUUCCAGCAGUCUGCUUUUAACCGGGUGGUGAGCAGUGUGUCUUCUUCCCCUCGGCAAACGGUGGACUAUGAUGAUGAAGAGACGGAUUCUGAUGAAGACAUUCGGGAGACAUAUGGCUGUGACACGAAGGACACAGCCAGUGUGAAAUCCUCCAGCAGUCUGGAGCCCAGCCUAUUUUGUGAUGAAGAGAUUCCCAUCAAGUCCGAGGAGGUGGUCACGCACAUGUGGACGGCACCCUCCUUCUGUGCUGAGCAUGCUUAUUCGUCUGCUUCUAAGAGCUGUUCUCAAGGUUCUAACACCCCAAGGAAACAACCUCGGAAGAGCCCUCUGGUGCCCCGUAGUUUGGAGCCUCCGGUGCUAGAGUUAUCGCCUGGAGCUAAAGCCCAGCUGGAAGAACUUAUGAUGGUUGGAGAUCUCCUGGAGGUGUCUCUGGAUGAGACUCAACACAUAUGGCGGAUUUUGCAGGCCACACACCCACCCUCUGAAGACAGAUUCCUGCAUAUCAUGGAGGAUGACAGCAUGGAAGAGAAACCAUUAAAAAUAAAAGGAAAGGACUCUUCAGAGAAGAAACGGAAACGGAAGCUAGAAAAAGAACAGCUUUUUGGCGAAGGAAAGCAGAAGUCCAAGGAGCUAAAGAAAAUGGAUAAACCUAAAAAGAAGAAAUUAAAAUUAAGUGUGGAAAAAUCAAAGGAGCUGAACAAACUGGCCAAGAAACUAGCAAAAGAAGAAGAGAGGAAGAAAAAGAAGGAGAAGGCUGCUGCAGCCAAAGUUGAACUUGUGAAGGAGAGCUCGGAGAAGAAGAGAGAGAAGAAGGUGCUGGACAUCCCCUCCAAAUAUGACUGGUCAGGAGCAGAGGAAUCUGACGACGAGAACGCUGUGUGUGCCGCGCAGAACUGCCAGAGGCCCUGCAAGGACAAGGUAGACUGGGUGCAGUGUGAUGGUGGCUGUGAUGAGUGGUUUCACCAAGUUUGUGUGGGUGUAUCUCCAGAAAUGGCUGAAAAUGAAGAUUACAUCUGUACAAACUGUGCAAAGAAGCAGGGGCCAGAUAGCCCAGGUCCAGCAGCACCUCCUUCUUUCAUAAUGAGCUACAAGCUACCAGUGGAGGACCUUAAAGAGACCAGUUAGCAGGUGCUGGGUUAGCUUGGGACAUGGGGGAAAACGGACCACACAGAGACCGUAGUCAGUAGAGUGGUUUACAUCCACUCAGAAUGUUGCUUCCAAAGACGAAUGGCCUUCUGAGCAAGUCCUCCCAGCCGACUUCCUCUUUGCAUGGACGUGGGAUCUGCGUUCUCUGUCAGCACAUCUGUGCCGAGGGUGUCUGCUUUGGUCCAGCAGCCAGUGUUUCAGUUCGUGUCUCCUCUGAGAUUGCUUGUCACAUUAAGGCCAGACAUUUGAGCGCUAGGGUGGCUGGUUGGCAUUAAUGCGUUUGUGUGCCGGCAGGGCAUGUAGGCUGCGGCUUCUGGCCAGUUGGUACUAGUUAGAGGUUUGCAGCCAGCACCACCCAGAGGUGCUGAUCCCUUGGAUCUCCUUAGUUAAGCCAGCGGGGGAGGAGUAGAAUAGCAGUUUCCUUCCACUCUGCCCUGGCAUUUGACGCCCUACACAUCCAGCUAGGAGAGGGCCAGGGCUGAAGUUAGUCCUGUUAGAGGCCAUGGGUAGUGGCACAGCCCGUAGACCUCAGCUCCAUGUGCUUGUUUGUACCAAGAAGAAAACCCCAGUUGAGAGGCAGAUCACCUCAUCUUCCUAAGGAGGAGGAUGGCAUCUAGUUCAGAAGUCUGACUAGAUUGGAUUCUGGGAAGAAGAGAUUUUAUUUCAAGGCGAGGAGCCUUUUUUUGGCUUUGAGAAGUCUUGCUGCCUUGGGUCUGCAUUUUAAAGAAGAGCAGGUACGUGGAUCCAGGCUUCUGCGGUAGCAAAGAAGACAAGUCAGAAUGUUUUACUGAGCCACAGCGGUGCCUGCUUUUCGGGGAACCCUUCAUUCACAAGUGCACCAGGUGCCACGAGGCUUCGGGCAUGGCCCCGAGCAAGACCAGCAAAUAACAGCUCUUGCCUUGCAGCCCGGCCCCCGCUGGCUGUGGUUCCCAGGACUGGCCGUUUCUGACCGUGGCCCGCCGUAGAUGCUGUCGCACAGCACGUGGCUUCAUCAGAGGACGUGGGCUUAGAGUACCUCUGGGUGACAAAGUUGUUUAGUAAAUCCAUUUUUUAAAAAAAGAAAAAAGGACUUGUUUUUACUUUUUUCUAAAUGUCUCUGACUACUGACUGUUCUAUAAAUAGAUUAUUUUUCCUUUUUUAAUAUACAUAUAUGAAUACACACACACACACACGCACGCACGCACGCACACACACACACACACACACACACACUGUUACCAGCAGCUUAUGACAGAGUUUCAGCGUCAAAAAUCCAUUUGGGGGCUUGCUUUCUCGUCUUGCUUUUUAAUAAAGGAAUCCCAUUCCUUCCUUGUAGUACAAGGAGUUAGCACUUCCUUCUCCAUCCUAGCCCGACCAGAUCUUCCAUCUUGGUUUUGUUCGAAUAGGUAAUUAUAUUUCGUUUGUGUGUUGGGACUUGUCCCUUUCUGUGGGGAAACCUGGUCAUACUGUAUCUGUGAUGGUAGUUCUGUUUUGUACGUGGAAGUUUGGAACUACGGUGCUGUGUUCUCCUCCCUCCUGUUGUGUUCUGUGUCCUUGUGAAGGUGUUAGGUAAGCUGUAUGGAAACUCUUAUUAGAAGGGGACUAAUUUUUUUUUUUUUAGGACAAAAAACCCCCAAAACCCACCAAACAAACUAAAAAUGGUGUUUUGUCUUCACUAUGCUGUGUCCCUUUAUUUCGGUUUGAAGAUCUGUGGUUUGACUUAAAUUCAUCAGUUUUCCUUUUAAAAGGGGGGAGCAGGGUGGGCCCAGAGGGCAGCUUUUAGUCUUGUCUUCCCUUUUUGCCCCGAUCUCUUUUAAAGAAAUGUCUUCUAGUAACUAGAAGUGAAAUGUACUGUCCAGUCACAGUUUGCGUGGGUAUGAGAUUUAACUCAAAAGGCAUCUUACUAAAAAAAGCAAAACCUUUCCUAUAAAAUCUAGUUUCUGGAAAUGCUUUCUCUACGGUUCUACUACCUAUUUUUUACUCAUUUCUCCCUUAAUAUCAUAUAACGUUUUGAGUGUCUUGGCCUGUUAAGAGGUUCAUAAGUGUUGGUGUGCAUGGGUCUUAAAACCUCAUCUCAAGUGUGUGUAUGAUUUAAGAUUUCAAUGGAAAGUACAAGGUAACUAAGUAACCAGUUUCAUAAGUUAUCAUUUUGCCAGUCUCUCAAUACAUAAAGAUAUUACUGCUUAGUUAAGAAUUUCAUCUGGUUGAUAUUAUAGAAGAAAGCACAAUGUUUUUUGCCGUUCGGUCUUCUCUGUAAAAGUCUUCAAGUGCUUGUGGGUUAAAAAUUGAAUGCAGUCUUAAGUGAUGGCUGCCUGGAAUGGAAUACAUUUAAAAAUGUCUUGUUUUUCCUUCAUUCUUCAGCUAUCAGUGGAGGGGCAUGAGGUGCUGAGAAAGACAGCUAAGGUGCUCUGCUGCUUGGAGUGUGGUGGGUGGAUAGAGGGCUGUGUAGGGAAUAAUUUAUGUUCAUAAUAGGUAUUUGCCUGCAUAUUUGACUGAGAGAAAAACGCAAGGCAGUCUCCAACCAUGAAUAGCUCCCUGUUUAUCUUCUCCAACCAUGAGUAGCUCCCUGUUUAUCUUCUGACAGUUUGAAACUCAAAUAUAUCAUUUAAUUGAUACUGUGGGAUUUUCUGUAUUUAUUUGAAAGUCACAGAGGAUUUGGUCUGACUUUUGACCAUUUAGACCAAAGGUUGAGAACAGAUGAGAGACAGUUUAAAAAAAGAAAGAGAAAAGAAAAAUAUAUAGAAAUGUGUAAUUUUGUAAUUAGUGAACUAAGAUUCAUCUGUUAAAGAAAUGACGAUGUUUUUUUCACUUAGAGGAAAGUACUUAUUUUACAACGUAACUCCAUUCUGCGGUGUUGUAACAUUUCAUAUUAAAACUUGAUUUAAAAUGUUUCUUUACCCUUCCUAUCUCCUCAGAGUCGCAGUUCUGCACCACUUGUUCUUUAACUUAUUCGUUAAUUCUUUCAAAGGUAUUUCUCACCACGUUCAUUAUAAACCAUUUUGGCAAAGGUUAUAUAGGAAGGAAGAUGAAAACUGGUAGGUCAAGAGUAGGUCCUUGGAACUGCGCAAGUGCAACGACAGCUCUCUUGUGGUCCCUCCAGCCGGGGUUGGCCUCGCUGCCUGUAGUGACCCUGCAGAGAUGUGUGGAGACGCAGGGCCAGGCUCCUUCCCGAGCUGCUGCCUCCCAGCUCUUCCUGACUCACACGUGGACAUCAUGGAACAACAGCUACUGCAAGUCACGCUUCAGAUAAUUGAAACGGCAGAUGUGAAACCUGGGUCGCCCGCGAUGUACUUGAAUAAUCAAAACCCCAGCGAGGGCUGACCUGUGAGAUGAGAACGAUUUCACCUGUGCUUCACUUCUCUACUUUUGUCUUCGACACGUGUCCAAGAAAUGUCAGCUUGUUUCUCUUAAUUCUUAGAUUCUGAUGCAAUUCAGUCGGUGUAAGAGAAACUCCCUACUUGGCAAUAUUUUAAUUCUACAGUACAUUUGUGUGAAUAUCAGCCAGUGCUUAAAGUAGGAGGGUGAAAGGGAAAACUGAGAAAGCCCUUUUUUCAGAGGAGGGAUUAUCCACUUUUUAAGGAGAAAGUGGCAAUUUGAAGGGGGAUUUGAAAAUUGGGGGAAAAUUAAGCAAAGACCCACACGUAACCAGGUUCAGUAAAGGUACACAUAUGAACUAGCUUCAUAUGUGUGUAGAAAGUUGCUUUUGCAGUACGUCCUUAAGUCUACAUUUUUAAAAGCAGGCAAUUGGUUUGCCUUUUACCUUUUGAAAUCCCACUUUUUUGUUUGUUUUUAAUUAAGGCAUAUCAUUACUUUGGAUGUGGAUGUGCCAUGGCAUUUAGUAUUUACAGCAUGAGAAGGAAAGAAUGGAUAUUAAUAUAUUUUGGAAUUCUAGUCUUCUCUUGGUCUGGAUCGUAUCCAGUCACCACUAUGCAACGAAUGAUGUGCACUGGGAAAGGAUGUGACGGGUUUUUAAAGAUGUGUCCUGCUUAUUCUUACUUUUGCAAUACUCCAAGAUGUCUAAACAGGAAUGUCUUUUGUAAGCCUCAAGACCUAUUGAUUAUUCUCUUACAUGUUUAUUUACCUGUUAGUGAGACACUUAAAUAUAAUAUGGACUCUAAUUUACCAGGGAUUUUGGUGGUGCCUUAUGAAAAGCAUAACUUGAUUUCUUGUUUUUUGAGCAUGUUUUGCAUUUCUUUUGUUUUCUGAAAGAAUGUUAGGUAUAGUUAUUUGCAUUACAUCUAAAAAAUUUUUUUAAAUUGUGUGUGUGCUCAGGUCCCCCCUACCCUGUCAUUCACAUUGGUGGCAACUCUAAGUGGUAACCAAGUAAAGGUAGAUUUUGGUAAUUGAUCUGAGAGCCACUUUUAACCUGUUGCAGAACAGUUUCUAAUGUGCAUUUGCUCUCUAUAAAAUAAAGAACUGGCCUCAAAUAACUUCA